CGUAUCGUCCGAUUUUUAGUUCAAACGUUUCUCUAAUCAAACGUGUUUUGUAUACGCGCGCAUUCGAACACACCAAGUGUUUGAUUAAAUGCGUCACUCAAUGAAGAACAAAACAGUCCCUCGUUUAUGAUCUAAACGUUGCUAAAUGUCGAUGAGUUCAAGUCCUUUUCUUCGCAAGUUCAACACCUUGCAGCUUCGCAUUCAACUCCGUUUCUAUACCCGUCGUCGUGACCCUUUCCCCACAAAAAUUUGCCACUACCUAAACCGUGCAAAACUCAUAGAUUCAAUUCGACUUUCUCUACGCUCUGACAACCCUAAUUCCACACUCCCCACUCUCAUAAGCCACCGUUUAUUCGACUCUUUUGUUGUCACUCAUGCACUUCGUUCUGCACCUUGUGCAGAUUCUGCACUUUCCCUUAUUCAUACUAUUGAGAAAACAGAAAGUACCCAUUUUUCACAUACCCAGAAUACCCUUCACGCUCUUGCCACUGUGCUAGCAAAAUCUGGUAGAUGUGAUGAGCUUAAAUCCCUUAUUGGUGAUAUCCAAAGUAAACGAUAUGGAAAUGUUAAGAUCAGUUUUAUGAAUCUAAUGCAGUGGUAUGCUGCAGCUAGGGAUAUUGAUUCUGUUCUCGAGGUUUGGGAUCGGUAUAGAGUUGAUGCGAGUGAUCGUGUAUGUACCGAGUCUUAUAACAUUGUUAUGUCUCUUUAUGUAGAAAUGGGUAAGGACUAUGAGGCUGUUGGAGUUUUUCGUAAAAUGGUUGAUGAAGGGUCGGUUCCUAACUGUAGAAGCUUUAGUAUAAUAAUUGAGCACCUUGUGAAAUCAAGGAAAUUUUUGGAAGCUAUUGAGGUUUUUAAUUUGUUGCCUUUGAUGAGGAUUAAGCGGACUUUGAAGCAGUACUCGGUUCUAGUUGAAGGUUUGGUUGGUAGUAAAAUGUAUGAUGAAGUUGGAGUUUUGGUUACUGAGAUGCAAGUUGAUGGAAUAUUACCUAGUCGAACCGUGAGUUUGUUAUUGAAGCAGGUGAAGGAUGAGGGAUUUCUUAAGGAUAUGGAUGAAUUGUUUACAGAAAUUUGCCCGGAUGAAAGAAUCAAGAAUGUAAGAUAUUCUAAUGAUAGUAGUGAUGAGGAUGAGAAUGAAGACGAGGGUGAGGGUGAGAAUGAAAAUGGAAAUGAUACUUUGCAACGUGAUCAUGUAAAUGGGAUCCGCUUAAAACCCUGGCUAGAUCCGCGGUCUCUGGCUAGUGCCUUACAGAACUGGAGUCCUGAUGAGGUAUCAGCACUUGAGGAUGCAAAGUUUGUAUGGACAACUAGGUUGGUGUGCAAGAUACUUAGAAGUUUCAAUAAGCCAGAUACUGCGUGGAAUUUCUUCUGCUGGGUUGCGGAUCAACCUGGAUUUACUCAUAAUAUAUACACGGUGCAAAGAAUCAUGACCUUUUUAGCUCGCCAUGGACGCACUGAGCUAGUUGAUAAACUCAUCUCCAAGAUCAGAAUAGAGGGAAUGAGACUGCCAUUCAGCACCUUAAGGUUAAUCGUUGACUUUUAUGGGAUUUCAAAAAAUGCUGUUGCUGCUUUGAAGGUUUUCAACGAUGAUCGAAUACUUUGUGGGUCUAUAUCAAAAGUUAAUAUGAUGCUUCUGUAUUCGUCUCUUUUAAGAACGUUAACCAAGUGUGGUAAGGAUUCUGAUGCCCUGGAAAUGCUUGAUGAGAUGAUUUUAAAUGGAAUUUGCCCGGAUAUGCAAACAUUUUCAGGUCUAAUGCAAUAUUUUUCCCAACUUGGUGACAUUAAAACUGCACAGACACUCUUUUCAAUGGUCAGACAGAGUGGUUUUGAGCCAGACGCAUAUCUGUUUACGGUACUCAUCGAAGGCUAUUGCAAGUCGAAAAGAGCUGCACUGGCUUGGAGGAUAUUUGAAGACAUGAAGAAUUCGGGUUUGAUGCCUGAUUUUGCCACCAAAGAGUUGCUUGUGAAGAGCCUAUGGAGAGAAGGGAGACGGAGAGAGGCCGCAGCGGUAGAAGAGAGCUGUGAGGAAGUGAAUAUAGUCCUUCCACCCGCAUUGCCUGGUCAUGUAUGGACUGUUAGUUCUGCAGAUCUUACAAGAGUUUUUAACAUUUAUUCAAAUUGUUUUACUUCAAAAGGUAGCUAGAGGUAUCCAUUGGUCUAUAUGAUAAGGGUGUACUUCAUCGUGCAUGAAAUCUCAGCACAAAGUAUAACAAGUGUAAAACAAUAUCCAAAUUCCUUAGUCUUUGAUAUUUUUUUGGGAGGGGUUGCAAAAAAAUUGUUAGUUGCAGUAAUUAUUUGAGUUUUGAAAAUGUAUUGUUGGCAAAACAUGAGUUGAUACUCAGGAAUUAGCUCUUGUUCUGAUGGAUACUUAAUGCUUCAUUGUAUAAUUGUAUUCACAUGGUCAAGUGCUAGAAAUCAUGGUACAAUCACUGGAUGAAUGAAUUUUUGGUUGAAAGCUACAUUCAGUCGUCUGCUAACUUCUGCAACUUGAGGGGAAUCUAAAGAUUUUUUAUUUAUCAUUUAUUGCUGUUGCUUAUUGCAAUUAUCAAUUCCUUUUAAUUUUCUUAAAAAAAGAGUUGGUUGCAAGAUAUCUUUAAUAUAUUGUUUUCUGUUUCUUUUGUGUAAGAAAGGUUUUUCUAUGCGGAACUAUGAAGACUAAUCCUUCAAAUCGGGUUGGACAAAUCCUUCGAAUCGGGUUGGACAACAUGAGCAGCAAAGUUGUUCAUGAAGAGUUUUAACACUGUUGUAUUCUUAUGAAGUACAAAAAGCCACACUCAAGCAAAAAAGGCUCAACCACUACAACUCAGUGGAACAAACUUUUCAUGCCCGGUGGAUUCACCUCCUUCGUGUGAAACCUAUGUGACAUACUUUGCUCGGUCUCCAAAUUUUUUGAGCCUAACAAACAUAUCAGAUAUAUUUGAUA